AAGUAUGUCGAGGAACGCAUAGAACAGAACUUCUUAGGGAGGGGCGCAUAGUCGCGCCAAAUCGGGGAUGUCGGUGCAAGAGCUUCUGCGCCAGGCCGCUGAGGAGGUCGCGGAGCUUGCUCGUGAAGGCCUGAAGAACGUGCAUGUGCUGGACUUUCACCCAGCGCUAUGGAUCACGCCGGUCUCGCUGCCGACGGGCGGGCUGGAUGUUGUGACGUGCCAGGACUUGCUCUACUCGCUUCGCUCCCUGGAGGAGCAGGCGGCCUCGCCCCACGGUCGCGAGACGCCGGUGGCUGACGCCUGGCUGAGGGCGGUGCAGUGCGCGCAGCUGGCGCAGGACAGGCUGCUGGCUGACCUGCACGCCGUGGAGCGGCACCUGGCCUUCUGGCAGCAGCAGGUGGCGGCAGGCGGCGGCUGGAGCCACGCCGCCUUCCUGCUGCUGGCCCGAGGCCCCGCCUCCUUUGCAGCAGACGUCGCCGCCGGCGCCCGCCGCGCACACGCCGCCCUGCGCCGCUACCGCCAGCACCUGCAGCAGCAGCUGGCACGUGCCGCGGCGGUGGCGGCGGCGGCGCGGCCGGGGGCGGGCCUGGCGGCGGCGGCUGCGCCGCCGGCGGCGCCUGCGGCGGCGGCUGCUGCCGGUGGCAGCGGCAGCGGGGCGCGGGCUGUGCCGCCAGUGGUAGGACAGCAACACGACGACGACUGUGGUAGUGGCGGCGGCGGCGAUGGCGGCGGCGAUGGCGGCGGCGGCGGCGGCGGUGUGGUGGUGGAGGACGGCGGCAGCGCCACGGACUCGAUGCAGCAGCGGGUGCUGCUGCUGCGGGCGCUGCAGUCGCGGCUGGCGAGGGCGGUGGCUCGCGUGAGCGAGGCCGCGGAGAGCCUCCACCUGCAGGCCGCGGCGUGCCUGCAGGCCGGCAGUAGCAGCGCCCUCGCCGCCGGCAGUAGCAGAGCCAGCGGCACCUCGGCGGCGCUGCUGCUGCCGGCGGCGGCUCGGCUGCCGAUGGGCUUCGCCGCGAGCGGCAGCUUCAGCGCCGCCGCCGCCGCCGCCGCCUCUGCUGCCGCCGCCGCCACCGCUCAUGCGAUGAUGGGCGGUGGAGCCGGCGGCAGCUUCCAUGCUGAGCAGCAGUCGCAGGCGGCGGCGGUGGGGGCCGUGCAGGCGGCGGUGCUGGCGGCGGUGCGCGCCAUGCGUGCAGCGCUGGAGGAGCUGCUGGUGCAGCUGCAGCCAGAGGCGGCGGCGGCGGCAGAGGAGGGCGAGGCGGGUGGUGGUGGUGGUGGUGGUGGUGGUGGUGCGGGUGCGGGAGGAGAAGGCAGCUCACAGCAAGGAGAGACGCAGGAGCGGCGGCGGCGGGAGCUCAGUGCGGAGCUGAGGGCGUUGCUGGAGGCGCUGCGGCUGCGGCCGCUGGCGGCGCGCGCCGUGGAGCACGGCCCGCCGCCGGAGGAGGCGCAGCAGCAGCAGCAGGGGCAGGAGGCGGCGGCACAAGGUCAGCAGCAGGGUCAGGGUCAGGGUCAGGGGACGUCAUCUUCGUCGUCUGCGGCGCCGGCGCCUGGGGUCCUGGAGCUGAGUGGCGGCGGCCGCACUGCGAGGGCGGCGCUGGCGGCGGCGCGGCGCGCGGCGGCGCUGUCGGGCCCGCUGGUGCCGCUCCCGCCCUCCGCCGCCAUGCCCAGCGCCUUCCAGCGCCAUUGGCUGCGCUACGCGGCGGCGGGCGCGGCGGCGGCGUACGGCGGGCUGUGGCUGCUGCGGCACAGCCGCCUGGCGGGCAGCGGGGACCUGGACAGGUGGGCCGCCGCCGCCGCCGCCGGCCUGCGCUCCGCCCUCACCUCACACGUGGUGCAGCCGCUGGCGGCGCUGCGGAGGGAGCUGUUCGCCACCUUCCGGGACAGGCCCGACAUCGUGUCCGCCUCCGACUUCGCCGCCAGCCGCGACUCCCUGCUGCGCAUGCUGGCAGACUUCGCAGCAGACCACGGCGCCGGCAGUAGCAGCAGCAGCGGCAGCGGCAGUAGCAGCAGUAGCAGCAGCAGCAGCAGCGGCAGCAGCGGCAGCAGCGGGAGCAGCGGCAGUAGCGGCAGUGAUGCUGACGGGGCGGUGGCUGCGGGCAUGGGGUUGGUGAUGCGUGCCUACGAGGCGCAGGUGCGGAGGCCGCUGGCCAGCCUGGUGCUGGGCGACCUGGGCCGCGCGCUACUGAUACAGGUGCAGCACGUCAAGGUGGACGGCGAGGCGGCCAUGCUGCGGCUGGACCAGAUCCUGCACGCCAACGAACUAACCGUCAGCCUCAUGGCCGCGCUGCCCGCCCUCGGCCUCACGCUGGCGGCGGCGGCGGCGGCGGCGCGGCUGCUGACGCCCCGCCGGCCCGACCCGCGGGUUGAGGCGGUGCCGGCGCGCCUAGCCAUGGCGGCGCUGGAGGUGGCGCUGGAGGACUGGGCGGAGGCGGAGGAGGCCAGGGCGGCGGCGGCGGCGGCGGCGGUUGCGGCUGGGGGGGAGGAGGGAAAGAAAGAGGCGGAGGUGGAGGCGGCAGUACAGGCACAGGCACAGGCGGCGGCGGCGGCGGCGGUGGUGGUGGAGGAGCUUCGCGGCGUGGCUGUGUACCGCACACACCGGGUGUACCUGGCGCUCACGGCGCUGUUUGCCGCCGCCGACCGCACCUCGCGCUACAGCGAGUGGCGGCUGCUGCAGGCCGACCUGCUGCGCCUGGCGGCCCCCGGGUCGGGCCCCCGCGAGCGCCUGGCCACACACGGGCGCAUGAUGCGGACGUACAGCGUGCUGCAGCGCUGAGGGGGAGAGGGGGGGGGGUUGGGGGGAGGGGGGGCGAGGGGUGGGUGGGCGGCUGUGAGGACGAGCGCGGAGGCCUGGAUGGGGAUGGAUGGGGGCUCGGGCAACGGCUGUGAUCGGGGUGGGCCGGCGGUGGGGGCUUGUGUGGAGGGCGAUUGGAGGAGCGAGGUGCGGUUGCGAGGUGUGCAUGAUAGACCCAGGGCCCCUGGGCCCGGUUGAGGUUGACGAGAGGCCACUGCGGUCUGCGGGGUCAAGGGGCUUUCCGGCUUGUGAGCUUCUGUGUUGUGGAUAUGUAGGCUUGGAGGCUCUCCUACGAGCGAGUUCUUUAUGGGGCAGGCGUGCCCUGACUUUCCUAGCCGCGGCGGCGUAGAGAAGCGCUGUGGACCUGACCACGCGGCACGGUUUUCUGCCGGAAGGGCGAACUUGUAAAGCAAGCGUGGC